AUGUUGGACGUGUGGUUGAUUUUCCUGGUUCUCUUGGUCAGCUCGGUGUUAUUAUGUUCAGUUGGUUUUCUGGUUCUCCCCUAGCCCUUGUUCGAGUUUCAGAAAAAAAAGAAAGAUGAAAAGUCCAAUCCUUCUGUUCCUUCUGUUCCUUCCAUUCCUUCCGAUCCUACAAACAGGGAAAUAAAAGCGCCGACCAAUCAAAAUUUAAAAGCAGGUACUUUGAUCGUCUCUCAGUAAAUAUAGAAUCACGGUGUUUUUUUCAUUACGCAAGGUCAAGACUUUUCGUAAAUUAUGAUGCUUAGGGUGUAAGCACACCGAGACGCACUAUCGCAUACUCAAAAUGUUUUUUUUCAAUUUUAGAAUUUGCGAUUUCAGGAUAAUAGCUCCUGAAAUGUUUGAAAGUUGUCAGUUUGAAGAAUAUGAUGUGAAAAAAACAUUCACUUACGUUAAAAAAACAUUUAGGAGCGAUUUCGAAAGGGGAAAACUCUAAAUUACUGAUUACAAAAUAAAAAAAAAUAUUAUGAAAAUGAAUCAGCUCCCAUUGAAUAAGCAUUUAUAAAUACGAGAAAUAUUGAAAUGAGGAAAUUUCGAGGAGCAAAUGAAAAAAAAAAAACAUUUUAUAUACCUCGAAAACCUAGCUUCAGAAAAACAAAUAAUGGAUAGAAAGCAGAAAUUUUAGAAAAAAAACCUCGUAUGGCGAAAUUUUUGUUUAAAUCCGCAAAACAAUCAAAAAAACUAGGAAAAAAUAUAUAAUUUAGAUGAUUCAUAUAUCAAAAUCAUUAAACUGCAUCAGCAAAUUCAAUUUGGCUCUAAUUUACACGAAACCGGUUUCAGACUACGUCAAAGGAACUAGAUAAUAACUUUUUUUAUUAUUAACUGAUUGAAUUAAAAACCUAUAGUUUCCGAAAUGGAGUGAUUCUUUUUCAUGUCGCGAAAAAAAUAUUUCAAAAAUUUUUGAAAAAAAUUAGGACUUUUUAGAAAAAAAUCUUCAACUCUUUUGAGAAAAAAGUUAAAGAUCUGAAACCGGUUUAGAAAAAUGCGCAAUUUAAAGCUCCACAAGAUGUACCCAUAGAGAGGCGGAUCACAUAAAUGCAAGAAAUAGAAAAAAGUAAAAAACCAAUGAAAAAAGUGAAGAAAUUCAAUUUUUGCAUCAGAAACCAUGAGAAGGGCGCAAUAAUGCGCCACGGAUAAUAUACCGCUGGGACCCAAAAUUUCGCAUUUUUUUUUCACUGCGCGGAACACCGUGGAAUAGAGUAGAAUAGGGAAAGUUAGGCGCUAUAAAUUUGCUGAAACACUCUUUGAUGGAUCGGGAAUCGAUCCCACAUAGUGGCUAUCUGCGCAAACUUUUCAUUUUGGAGAUAUGAAUUUUCAAAGUUUUCAUCGGUUAACACGUGACCUUGUUGUGAAGGAAUGUGCCCGCGCCGAAAACCAUCGAAUGGAAGCUAAGAGUGUGGUGCAGUGAGUAGCGAUGUAGACUGCAUUAUUACUUCAAAAAAAUUUAAUAAAAAAAUAAAUAAAAAAAUAAAAGCAUAAAAAAACAAAAAAAUUGAAUUCAAUAAAAAUGCCUAAAACGCGUCACAGGGAUUGCGGACAUGUUUUUUUGUAUACUGUAUAUGUUUCAAAGUAUAUUUUUACGUUAUCCCUAAAAUUUAUAUAUAAAUCGGAUAAGUACUCGCUGAGAUAUCCUCAAAAAACCAAAACUUAAUAUACUUUUGAGCGGUACUGUAGGUUCUCGAUCUCUUCGAAAUGAAGGAUAGAUAAGUCUGCGCAAAAUCGUACAUUAACUCUCGUUUUGCAGGAACUCAUGAUCCCAACUACCAAACACUAGCCAAUGUUCAAGACGUGUUUGCCCCUCAAGACCCACACAAAGCUCAGAAAGACAAAGAAGCCAAAGCAGGUCUGCUAUAGCUUAUUUCGGGCCAGCUUGUCACGUUUUUCUUUCGCCACAAAGACCGUAUACCAAAUUAGAUCAAAUUUCCGCUUUUAUAACGGCAAGAAACAAGGGUCUUGAAGCGAAGUUGGUCAAAUUUGACCUGGCCUUUCGGCGGAAAGAAAAAUGUGAGAAGCUGGCGCGGAACGGCCUAUAGUCUGUUCAUAUUUUGAAUGUCAUCGCUCAAACUUCGCCUCUUAUGCGUAGAUAAAACCAAUCAGAAAGUGAGUUAUACACGGAGGGGUCGUGGGGGUGGAGUUUGCUGCUUGACAUUCAUAAUCUCAACAGACUCUAUGACUGGUUAAUAUUUUUUUAUAGUGCGAUACGGUUUUCACUUUAAAAAAAAGAAAAGAAAAAGCUACCGUCAAUACAAAUUUUGCUCUACAAAACUGCUAAAAAGACAUCAAAUAACAAAGGUCUUGAAGCGAAGAUGCUCAACUUUGAUCUACUUUGGUAUACGGUCUUAUUGGUGGAAAGAAAAACGUCACAAACUGGGCGGGAUGGGCUAUAAACGAGCCACUAUUUUUCAGACAAGUAUGAUCCGGAUUACCAAACUUUGAUGCACGUCCGCAACGACGUUUUCGGCGCUGAUCGCAAGAAUCCUCCGCCAAAGAAAAAAGGCCUAUUUGGAUAA